CAGCUUUUUCUGGCAGAUCGUUCCAUAUACACACUACUUCUGUGUGGAAGAAGUUGUCCCCCAGGCCUCUGGGUCAAUGGUGUAUAUGAUUGCCACAUAUCUGAGCAAUCCUAAUGUACAUUUAAUUUCUGUGUAUUUGGUCUCCGAGGUCUUCCUUCCAUUCUGCCUGGUCAAGAAUUGCCAACUAGUAAGGCUCUACCAAACUGGAAUUUCACAAAAAUGACAGAUUUCCUGGUGUCAGCUUCUGCGACAACAGUUUGGCCCAGCAAACUGUCUGCUGGAGGAAAUCUGAGCAACAUCUGUGGCCCAGAAGGAUCAUACUGCACAGAGCCGAGGGGAAGAAUGGAUACUUCACUCCCUGAAGAACAAUUGCACGGGAGUGGCUCAGGGAAAGGUGUUACAUCUGUGACUGCACUAACUGUCAUCGAACGCAGUCGGGAAGGAAGCCCACAUUCAGUACAUUUAAUUGGUCAGCAAGCCAGUGCUACAUCAUCAGAUCUGAAACCAUGCAGCAACGCCAAGAACUUCCUUAAGAAAGGCAUUUUGGAAGAUGUAGAUGCUGAAGAUUAUUCACUUCAGGGGAUGCAAAGUCCUUCAACCCUGUUUCCAAAAGAUCAUGCACAGGAUGAAAAUUUCAAGUGUUCUCACUGUGAAAAGACCUUCAAAGAAUUAUCUUCAUUUACUACUCAUGAGCAGACCCACAGAGACGAUAACCCACUGAAGUGUAAAGUAUGUGACAAGGUCUUCAUGCACUUGUCAAGUCUGCAAAAGCAUCACCGCAUACACACAGGAGAGAGGCCGUUUAAGUGUGAGGUCUGUGGGAGAGCCUUUUCCGUUUCAUCGAGCCUCUUACAACACCAACGCAUUCAUACGGGUGAAAAGCCCUUCCAGUGCAACGUCUGCCAGAAACGCUUCACUGAGUCCUCUUCCCUCAGAACUCACCAGCACAUUCACACAGGCGAGAAACCUUUCAAAUGCAAUGAAUGUGGCAAAGGCUAUAGCAGGUCAUCACAGCUGCUAACCCAUCAGCACACACACACUGACGAGAAGCCUUUUCAGUGCACGGUUUGCCUGAAGGGCUUCAUCCAGUUUGCCCACCUGACCAACCACCAGCGGGUCCACACCGGUGAGAAACCAUUCCAGUGUGACCUCUGUCAGAAACGUUUUGUUUCGUUCUCCUCACUUGCAUCACACCAGUACAUCCACACGGGCAUGAAGCCCUUCAAAUGUGAGUUGUGUGGCAAAACUUUCACCCUGUCGUCAAACCUCCUCAAACACCGGCGCAGCCACGCUGGCGAGAAGCCCUUCAAGUGUGAUGUCUGCGGCAAGACCUUCACUGUGUCCUCCAGUCUCCUGAAGCACCAACGCAUCCACACGGGGGAGAAGCCGUUCAAGUGUGCGGUCUGCUCAAAGUGCUUCAUUGAUUCCUCUUCACUGAACAGGCAUCAGCGCAUCCACACAGGUGUGAAACCGUUCAAGUGUGAGGUCUGCAACAAGGUGUUCACGGUGUCCUCAAGCCUCCUAAAACACCAGUAUAUGCAUACCAGGUAGAAGACCAUUCAUUGUGAUAUCUGGAGAUGCUUUAGGAUCUCCUUUUUGGUCAGGUUGUGGAAGUACAUCUGUGCAGGACAAAGACCAUUGAACCACUGUGUCUCGGAAGGGCUCCGGUGUGAUAAGUGUUCAUCCAAGCGUGUCAGCCCUGGUUACUUCCCUGACUUCUGGCAUGAGCAGUUAUCACGAAUGAGGAGUUGUACGAGUCUGAAUAGGUUAGCAUUCGAAUUCUUUUGCACUUAUCAUUCAUCCCAGCAGAGCUGAGCUUGUGCAAAAGUUCAGGCAGUGCUCACCUUGAGUUAUGACCACAUCCAUGUUUCUGCAUGGUGUUUUGUAUACUACUUCAGCAUCCCAGGAUCAAACUAUUCAAAACCAGAUCCACCACACUAUGACAUGAGUCACUGUAGUCCAGCAUGAAAACCAGGACUGUUGACCUACUGAGACUGCAGCAACCAUCAACCAGCAUUGACACUGAUCCCUGUUUUUUAAAAAAAAUUCACAUAUUCUCAUGGGCUCGUCUCAGAUUCUGCCACUAAAACACCCAUGUACCAACCCACAGAUGUGGCAGAAAACUGGAGUUAUAUUUAUUGAUUUUUUUUAGAAAGCAGGGUAAGUUAAAUUGAUUAAAAUGGGUAAUGUUGCUCAUAACCCCACUUUUAGCUGUGUUAAAGCAAUUACUAUCAGGUUAAAGAUGUACAGAGCAGGUUCUUUAUAGAUUGGAAGGCGCUGCCAGGGGAGGUGGUAGAUGUAAGUACAAUAGCAAUACUUAUGAAGGAAGCAUUUAGAAGGAUACAUAAACCAACAGACCUGUGCAGGCAGGUGGCAUGAGUUGGACUGGUAUCAUGGUGGGCACACCAUGCACUGUACUGUUCCACAUUCUCUCACAUUAAGAAAUAUUUAUUGAUGAAUAGGAGGCAAUUACUUUUAAAAUUUUGUUUCCUGAAUGCUCACAAAAGUGGUUACAUUUCCAGGCAUAGUGACCACUUUAUAUUCAUCUGUGGUUUUAAAUGAGCAGAACUGCCCCAGGGUCAUCACAGGCGCAUCAUCAAAUACAAAUUUUCACUGAGCUUUAAUAGGAAAUAUCGGGGAAAAUAUCCAAAAUCUGCAUCAGAGAUGGGUUUUAAAGAUUUCUAGAGAAAAACUUGGCAGGUAAAGAUUUCAAAGAAGCACACACAAAAUGCUGGAAGAACUCAGCAGGUCAGGCAGCAUCCAUGGAAAUGAAUGAGCAGUUGAUGCUUUGGGCCGAGACCCUUCUUCAUGACCCUUCAUGAGUCCUGAAGAAGGGCCUCAGCCCAAAAUGUUGACGAUCUAUUCAUUUCCAUAGAUGCUGCCACCCCUGCUGAAUCCUUCCUGCCUCUGCAGACUUCCUUGUGUUUAAGAUAAAGAUUUAAUUUAAAUUUGAGGAUGAUGAAGUGGCUAAGAUUUAAGCAUAUUUUGGUUAUAAGCUUGGAGAAGAUGGAAGAGACAAGGAGAGAUUUGAAAACAGCAUUUUAAAAUCACGCACUGCCUAACAAAGAAACAAUGAAGGUCAUCACGUAUAGCGAUGUUGAAUAAACGGGACAGUGAUGGACAUUUGAAAUGUUUACCUUCAAGUUUACCACUUGAAGUGUAGGGUAUUUUUGGCACCACUUUUUGCCAUUUCCAUCUACAGUGGAUUCCAGUAAAUUGGGACACAUCAGGACCAGCACUUUUUGGCCCAAUUAAGCAGCUGCUCCAAUUAGCCGGUGUCAUGGAAAUAGUUAAAAAGGUAUAAAAAAAAGACAAACUACUGUUUAACUGAGUAACAAAUUAUGUAUUUAAAUGAAAUACUGAACAAAUUAGGGCACUACCAAUGUCACUACAGUACUAUAAAACUGUGUAAGUUCCUAAUGGUUAUUGAUGGAGGAAUUCAUCCGGUGUACACUGUAUGGGGAAGGGGCGUGUCAUGUCCAUUCUGGAACAGCUCACUCAUCCUUGGUCCCCAAUGGACGCUCAGCUCUCACCUGUGGCUCCAAAUAGCUGUUUGCAUGCGACAGCGGCCACACCUCCAGUACACCACUUCAACAGGUGGGCUAAACCAGGUGAAGGUUGCCAACAGGCCUCGUACCCCGGUGAGAGAGGGACAUGCCUCUCCUAGCAUGUGUAGUCAUCUCUGGCAGACUACAGUGAGAUCCAACAGCCAGGAAGGUAGUUCUACAAAGCUUUGUGAAGAGCGAAGGGCAUGAUAAGGCAUUGGUGAAGUCAUGGUUAUCUACUGCAACCAAGGAAGAUCUCAGUUUGUAGACAACUACAUGUACCACUGGAUCUGGCCUUCUGAGGGUGAGAGUGGAACUGUCCCAUUGCAAUGGCUUUUCCAUUUCAAAACCUCCCACACAGAUAUCAUUGUCAUCGGAUAUGAUGGACAACCAACACUGCUGUGUUCUUUUGAUUGACUGUAAGUGAACAAAAUUAGCUCAAGCACCUAGUGCAGAUAAUGGACUGCCUUCAUACAAUGCUUUCAAUGACUGCAGCCUCCAGAUCUUCAUUUUCAUUGUAACAUUCAAGAUGAUUGCCAUACCUUUGAAUUCUUUGUAGCUCCUAAACUGUUGAAGUAGUGAACUCGUUUUGUUUUCUUUCGUGGCCGUUUCUGGUGUCUGCAACCCUGCCUGCUUGAAACGGCAGUGAGCAAAUCAGUCCUGAAUUGUCUGGCAGCUUAUUUCGUGUGGGCUAUCAGUGACAAAAAUCACUGCUUUUUUGAACACAAAUGCACACAACUGACACUAUUUAAAAACUAUUUGCUGUAAGCAUGGUGUAGUGUCUAACAUUCAUACAAGUUCAUGCGAUUGGCACUAGUUAGAAAUUGUUUGGCCACAGUUUCCUAUCUCAGUUAAGUGGCACAGUGUACCAAAUAAACAAAGGGAAUCCCAGCUAUUUUCUUGAUUAGUUCUUGUUCUUUAAGAGUUGUCCCAAAUAAGCAGCUUCCCCAGAUAACAGAUGGAUCGAUUAACCGGAAUCCACUGUACUUCCUCACAUCUUUAAGUAGUUCAGCCAAGAGAUCAUACAGAGAGGUAAGGAACUAUCUAUCCUAUAGUAUCAACCAGAAACACAAAGCCUAGAUGUUCAUUUGUUUAUUGAUCCAUGGCCUGUGGGCAUUUCCAUCAGCAUUUGAUGCCCCUAAUCUGGUUUACUUGAGAGGUGAUGUGAACUGUCUGUUCAGACAAUUUUAGUUCUUGGCCAGAACUAUGGUUCUGUAAAUGUAGAGAUUUGUGGGGUUUCAACUCAACAAGAAUAAAUGAUUAAAAUUUUACCCUUGGUUGUGAUGAUGUGAUCUGAAAGAAAAUCUGACGUGGGAGUAUUCCCAUGCAUUCCCUCCUGUCAACCUCCUAGGUUGUAGAAUUUGCAGGUUCGAGCUGCAUUGCUGAAAAAGCACUGACCUGCUGCAGAGGUCUAUUACAUCUGGAAAUAUGCUUAGUGUCAUUACACUGGAAGGGUGUAGGAAGGACUACUGGGAGUGGAGGGCUCGAGUUAUAAGGAGAGGCUGAUGGGCUGAGAUAGUGUUCCCUGUAGUGUUGGAAACUGUAUUGAAAGGUGACCUUACUGCAAAUGUACGUAAAAUCAUGAGGGGCACAGACAAGGAGGAUGGCAAUCUUCUUUGCAAAGAUAGGGGAGUCUAAAACUAGAGAGCAUUGGUGAGAGGGGAAAGGUUUAAAAGGGACUUAAACGUUUAUACCAAAAAUUAGUGGGAAGUUUAAGGACUGGGAAGCUUUUAAAACCAACAGAAGACAACUAAAGAACCACCAGGAGAGAAAAGUUGAAAUAUGAAGGUAAGCCAGCCAAAAAUACCAAAGAAAUACCGUAAGUUUUUUUCAGAUAUAGAAAGAGUAAAAGAGAGGCGUGAGUGGAUAUUGGACUACUGGAAAAUGAUGCUGAAGAGGCAGUGAUGGGCAACAGAGGUGAAGCAUUUUGCUUCAGGCCACAUUGUAGAAGACACCAGCAGUGUGCCAGACAUAUAGAGUGUCAGGGGGCAGAAGUGAAUGUGGUUGCUAUUACUAAGGAGAAGGUGCUUGGGAAGUUGAAAGGUCUGAAGGUAGAUAAGUCAGCUCAACCUUGAUAGAUUGCACCCCUGGGUUCUGAAAGAGGUGGCUGAAGAGAUUGUGGAUCUUUCAAGAAUCAUUAGAUUCUGGAAUGGUUCCAGAGGGCUAGAAAAUUGCAAAUAUCAUUCCAGUCUUUAAGAAGGCAGAAGAAAGGAAUUAACAGGCCAGUUAGCUUGACUUCAGAGAUUGGGAAGGUGUUGGAGUCCAUCAUUAAGGAAGAUUUUUAGGGGUACUUGGAGGCACUUGAUAAAGCAGGCCCUGGUCAGACCCCACUUGGAGUACUGUGCUCAGUUCUGGUCGCCUCACUACAGGAAGGAUGUGGAAACCAUAGAAAGGGUGCAGAGGAGAUUUACAAGGAUGUUGCCUGGAUGGGGGAGCAUGCCUUAUGAGAAUAGGUUGGGUGAACUCGGCCAUUUCUCCUUGGAGCGACAGAGGAUGAGAGGUGACCUGAUAGAGGUGUAUAAAAUGAUGAGAGACAUUGAUAAUGUGGAUAAUCAGAGGCUUUUUCCCAGGGCUGAAAUGUUUGCCACAAGAGGACUCAGGUUUAAGGUGCUGGGGAGUAGGUACAGAGAAGAUGUCGGGGGUAAAUGUUUUACUCAUAGAGAGUGGUGAGCGCGUGGAACGGGCUGUCAGCAACGGUGGUGGAGGCAGAUACGAUAAGGUCUUUUAAGAGACUUUUGGAUAGGUACAUGGAGCUUAGAAAAAUAGAGGGCUAUAGGUAAGCUGAGUAAUUUCUAAGGUAGGGACAUGUUCAGCACAACUUUGUGGGCCGAAUGGCCUAUAUUGUGCUGUAGGUUUUCUAUGUGUCUAGGUUUCUAAAUUAGCAUGGUUUCCUUAAGGGAAAAUUUUGCCUGACAAUUCUGGUGAAAUUCUUCGAGGAAAUAACAGGCAGGAUAAACAAAGGAGUGUCACUGGAUGUUGUUCACUUGGAUUUUGAGAAGGCUUUUGAAAAGGCGCCACAUAUGAGGCUGCUUAACAAGAUAAAAGCCCAUGGUAUACAGCAUGGAUAUAAGAUUGGCUGAUUGGCAGGAACCAAAGAGUGGGAAUAAAGGAAGCCUGUUCUGGUUGGCUGCCAGCGACAAGUGGUGUUUUGCAGGGGUCAGUAUUGGGACUACUUCUUUUCAUGUUAUAUGUCAACGAUUUGGAUCAUGGAAUUGAUGGCUUUGUGGCCAAGUUUGCAGAUGAUACAUAGAUAGGUGGAGGGGCAGGUAGUGUUGAGGAAGCAGGGAGUCUGCAGAAGUGGCAGAUGAAUAUAGUGUAGGGAAGUUUAUGGUCAUGCAAGUUGACAGAAGGAAUAAAAGGCAUAGACUAAUUUGUAAACAGGGAGAAAAUUCAAAAAUUAGAGGUGCAAAGGAAUUUGGAAUUCAUGUGCAGGAUUCCUAAAGGUUAACUUGCAGGUUGAGCCAGUGGUAAGGAAAACAAAUGCAAGGUUAGCAUUGAUUUUGAGAGGACUAGAAUAUAAUAGCAAGGAUGUGAUGCUGGGACUUUAAGGCAUUGGUCAGGCUGUACUUGUGAUGAUUGUGAGAAGUUUUGGGCCCCUUAUCUAAGAAAAGGUGGUGGCAUUGGUGAAGGUCCAGAGAAGGUUCAAGAGAAUGAUUCUGGGAACGAAGGGUUAACAUAUGAAGUGUUCUGGAUGGCUCUGGAUUUGUACUUAACUGGGGUUUAGAAGAAUGGAGUUAGAAUCUUACUGAAACCUAUUGAAAUGCUUAGAGUGAUGUUUCCUAUAGUGGGUGACUCUAGGAACAGAGGGUACAGCCCCAGAAUAGAGAGGUGUCUAGUUAGAACAGAGAUGAGAAGGAAUUUCUUUAACCAAAGGGUGGUAAAUUCGUGGAUUUCAUUGCCACGGAUGGCUGUGGUGGUCACGUCAUUGAGUAUAUUUAGAGCAGAGGUUGAUAGGUUCUUGGUUAGUCAGGGUGUCAGAGGUUAUGGGGAAAAUUCAGGAGAAUGGAUUUGAGAGGGAUAAUCAGCCAAGGUGGAACAGCAGAGCAGGCUCAGAGCCUAAUGAUCUCAUUCUUUUCCUAUGUCUUAUGAAGAGGAAAAUGUUUAAAAGGACCCAAGAGGUAACGUUUUCCGCACAGAAGAUGGUGGGUAUGUGGAAUAAGCUGCCAGAUGAAGUGGUUGAGGUGGGUAAAAUUCCAAUGUUUAAAAGAUAUUUAGACAAGUACAUGGAUAGCAAAUGUUUAGAGAAGGGCUUCCCAACCUUUUUUAAUGCCAUGAACUCCUACCAUUAACAGGGGUCCAUCUACCCCAGAUUGGGAACCCCUGGCUUAGAGGGAUAUGGACCAAACACAGAGACUAACUCAUGCAGGGAGCUUGGCUGGCAUCAAUGUGUUAGGCUGAAGGGCUUGAUUCUGUGCUGUAUGAUUCUCUGACUCAGUGUGCUAGUAGAAGAAUAUUUAAAGGAGACUAGCCAAGUAGGUACCUUUAUCCUCUAGGUUAAAAAGUAUAUUCAUUGUCAGUAGAGCUACAGUGAUCCAGGAGAUGGAAAAUAUUCCUCAAUCUAUUUCUAUGUGGUGGAAUGUCAGUCAUUUACAUCAAAUACUUGGUGUUUGACCCAGUGUUAUAGCCACAUGAUUUGUGUAGCUAGUCUAGUUAAGUUUCCAAUCGGUGGCCACACUUCCCUCCCAUACCUAACCCCUAAAUGUUGAUGUGGGAGUUAUCAGUGAUAAUUCCAUUGAGUGUUAAAGGUAGGUGAUUAGACACUCUUGUAGGAGAAAAUCAUGGCUAGGCAUUCCUGUGGAUGAAUGUACAAGAUUUACAAAAGGGAUCGGUUCUUAAAAAAACAUCAUGUUUAGUGAAAAUGUGUAACUUAAUACGAGAUGAAAAGCAUUUAAGGGGAUUUGGGUGUAGUGUAUGGACAGUUGUGAUUUUAUUAUUACGAUGAAAAUUAAGAAUCUAUGCCAGAAUGUUGUCCAUGAAGGUAUGGAACAUUUAUUUAUUUAGAGAUGCAACAAGGUAAUAAGGCCGUUUCAGCCAACAAGCCCAUUCCACCCAGUUACAUUCAUGUCACAAAUUCACCUACCUACUCGUGUUUUUUGAAUGUGGGCUGAAACCAGAGCAUGUGGAGGAAGCCUAUGCAUGUCCUAAGCAGAAGGUACAAACUCCUUAUAGACAGUGGCAGAAUUGAACCCGGUCCGCUAGUACUGUAAUUGCAUUACACUGACUGAUACACUACUGUGCAACUCAAUAUCUCACUGUCUGAAGAAGAUUGAAUGGAACUGAACACCUCCAUCAAUAGACAUUCCCACUUCUAUGCUAAUGUUGGAGUGGAGAUCACAAAGCAUUUGAAGAUGGUUGGGCAGAGAGGACCGAUUGGAGGAGCUCUUGGCGUGUCCUGGGUCUGAAAUGGUUGUGAUUGUUGCAAGCCAACUAUCUGUCCCUAAAUUGACUAUGACUAUAGCUUGUGGAGAGUUUCCUCUUUAAUUUCCAUUGCAAAUUUUCUAAGGCUCAUUAAUGUCAGCGGCAAUCACUCUUGUAAAACUCUCUUACUUACUCAACCCAUCAUAUGAAGUAGUAGUGUUAUAUUUUAAAGAACACUAUGCAAUUAGCUCCACAAAUAUUGAAUGUAAGUUUAACAACUCAUCUGUUUUAGGAUUAGUUGAGGGAUAAAUCUUGGCUGGUUAGUGUAGCUAGACUGGGAUCUCUUUCUGUGCUGUCUGGCACAUGGCAUUUUUCUCUGUGCCACAAUAGCUUGUCAACACAGGAGAAAUCUUUCAAAUGCCACCACUGCAACCUGUCCUUCAACACCUUUCCAGCUGCUAGUAAAUGAUAGUUUAAUCAUGGGAUUUGUGAGAGAAUUCCUGUAAAUUGAUCCAGAGGAAUACACAGUUGAUCUUGCUAACGUCCUGGUUUAACUGGCAUCUGGGCACUCUUCAGCAUGGAGUUUGUGCAAUGGAUAAGAUGAUCGAGAAGCUGCAACAGUACGAACUUUAUCAUCAAGUGUCAUGUGGAGAGGCGAUGAUACAGAAAGUAUUUGGUAAUCAACUCUGUAGUUGAUGCACGUCAAGUUCCUGAACAUUUGCUCAUUAGGAGUAGGGAAUAGAUAUCUGUAAAUUCUGAAUAAAUUACACUAAGUGGGAAUGGAUGUUAAUGAAUGGAAUAAUGUCUCAUCCUAAAAAUAAUGUUUGUCAUUCUUUAUGAUCAACUCUUGUAUUUAAAGAAUUAAAGAAACAAAA